AUGACUGGAUUUAUUCAAUAUCUGGACGAGACCUGCAAUUACAACCCAAACCCCUUCUUGGUAACUCCCAAUAAGAAUGAUUUAUCUAAGGAAAAGGUUUGUUAUACCCCGGAACUUGGCGAAGUUGCACACUUGAGUCCGAAGUCUCUAAAACAGCCUGAAGCGAGGGUCAAAUUUCCCGAUUCUGAGGUUCCUAGGUACCACAAUAAGCUUUUUAAGAACCCUGAAGGCCUCAAGGAGCGAUGUGUGUUUGAGAGGCUAACUGACCACAGGUUCUUCACUGGGAGUCACAGGGAAAGGUUUGACGAGAACGGCCGAGGCAGAGGUCUUGCUGGACGUGAGAAUUUGUACUUUUUUGACGGGAACACUGAGUCCUACAGCCGUGUUCAUGAGGUUUAUUCUUCGGUUUUACCCCGCCAGAGGCGUCCUAUGGUUCCUCCCAACACUCUUGGGGUUAAAAAAUUUGGUGUUCAAAUCGAGCCUCCAAAGCUCGUUUGGCUUUAUCGCAACGGUGACAAACACCAUGACGGUGUUUCCUUCUAUAUCAGACCCUAUAUAAGGACCAUGAAGACUCUGCUAAUUGAAAUUGGAAAAGAACUAACUCUUAUAGCUGGUCCUGUUCGUAAGAUUUAUGACCAGAAUUUGAGGCCUGUCACUCAGUUGGAUGAUUUUGUUGAUGGCGCCAAAUACCUCUGUACUUCAGGUGAGCCCCCGGCCUCUCCCGAGAAACUGGAAAAAUUCAUGAGCGAGUGGGUGAUUCAGAAACUUUUCUAA